ACCUUUCUCACGCCGUCGCCUAGCGACGUUACCAUGGAAUCCCCGAGUCCGAUUGAAAUUAUAUCCAUCGAUGUGCCUGACACUGUUCUGCGUAAGAAUAUGCAGAACGCAACGAAUGUGGCUUGUGUCACCUCACGUCACGUCGGCGGCGGCCUCGAGGAGGCGCGCGAGAAAUUUAUUAACGCUCUCGUCGCCGAGAACGGUAACGCCAAACAUAUAACAACCGCGAAGGCCGCGUAUCCAGGUCUCGCGAAACAGAUCAUCGCCACCGAAACCGGCGAGUCGCAGAUCCUCGACGAGGGUACAGCAAAACCUGCAUGCCUACUGUAAGACAGAUAAUUGACUGUCUUGUUGCUGCUCGACCCAUGCCAAUCCGAUGCGGCCCCUGCCUUACUGCUAAAUGUUCUAAUACUGCUACUAACAAUCGCGAUAGUAAUGGCGUUAGUAGCACGGCUAACAGCAACAACAUCGACAACUACAUCAACAACAACAAGAAUUUACACGCCUACGAGAACAUUCAAAGCUUUAGUAUACGCGAAAAUAUCCCUAUUGGUUGCGCAAUUAAUCGCGACUAGAAUUUUUGUUUUUGUGCAGUGCUGGGGAAGUUUGAUAAAUCUUUCCCAUAUAUCGAAUCACAAUUUAAAUUUUUGCUGAAAUUUGUUAGAAUAGAAAAAAUAAGUUUAUUAAAUAAUAUCUUUUUUUUAUGUAA